UAAAUAAUUAAUACGAAGUGGUGUUUUGUGGUUAAUGAUCGCAUUAAGUUAGUCGGAAGACAUUCGCGAGUGUUAUUAUAUUGGAGUAUUCAAUAAACAAAGUGUAUCUGCCUAUUUUCGCUUCGUGCUGGGAAGCCGCUUCAUAACUCAAAAGUUUAUGCGGACUUUUGAGUUAAUUCGUUUGGGGUUCGGAGUAGGAGUCUACUCCGAGGGUGGGGGCUUAGGUUUCAUCAUCAUCACCUUUCAUCAUUUCAUUAAUCAUCAAGAAAAAAAAUACGUCAGACAUGGCUGUAUGGGCAUAGUUCCCUUUGCCUUACCCUUCGGGGAAAACCAAAACAAAAAAAAAAAAAAAGGUGUUUGCUCGAUUUCUUUAUUUUAUUUAUUGAAUAAUUUGUCGCUAAAAUGGACUCAUUUUGCGUACGUUUCAAGUGCUACAACCGAGCUGAGUAACGAUAACUACGAUUACAAGUCUUCUAAGGUUUCAUCACAGAAAGAAUAACUGAUUAUAGUAUAAAGAUGCAAGGUGACGAUCCCCCUUUUCUGCCAGUGGGAACUGAUGUCAGUGCCAAGUACAAGGGGGCAUUCUGUGAAGCCAAAAUCAAAAAAGUUGUACGCAACAUAAAAUGCAAGGUGACAUUAAAAGCAGGUGGUGGAACCAUCACAGUGAAUGAUGAUGUCAUCAAAGGCACUCUCAGGGUGGGCAGCACAGUGGAGGUCAAACAGGACCCUAAAAAGGAUGCUAUGGAAGCUGUCAUCUCUAAGAUACAAGACUGUAGUCAAUAUACUGUUGUGUUCGACGACGGCGACAUAACAACGUUACGACGGUCAGCGCUGUGUCUGAAGAGCGGGCGCCACUUCAACGAGAGUGAGACGUUGGACCAGCUCCCGUUGACGCACCCGGAACAUUUCUCUACGCCUGUUAUAGCGGGGCGCCGCGGCAGGCGGGGCAGAGCGCAAUCAGAUGAAAGCGAGGGCGAAGUGCCGAGCCGGCGCGUGAAGGAGAGCACGGAACGCGAGCCGCAUGUGGGGCGCGUGGUUCUGGUGGAGGCAGCCAGCGGGGCCGAGCGCCGGCGUCCGGCACAGCCCGCGUUUCCCGCGCUCGUGGUCGCGCCCACCGCGCAGAUCAAAGUCAAGGAGGAUUACCUCGUGCGCUCCUUCAAGGAUGGCCGGUACUACACAGUACCCAAAAAGGAAGCGAGAGAGUUCCGCAAGGGCAGCGCACCUUUAGAAUGGUGCGGUGUGGAGGCGGCAUUACAGUACCUCAACAACGACGUGUUGCCGCCACACUGGGACAGAGACACUCUCUUCAACGAACCCAGGAACACCUCCGACGAUAGUUCGGACGAUGAACCUCGGGAAGAGAAGGACCAUUUUGUGGCACAGCUAUAUAAGUUUAUGGAUGACCGUGGAACGCCGCUUAACCGGAACCCUACUAUUGCUAAUAAAGAUAUUGAUCUGUACAGACUGUUUAGGGUAGUGCAAAAACUGGGUGGCUACAACCGAGUAACCAAUCAGAACCAAUGGAAAACAAUCGCUGACAAAAUGGGCUUCCAUCCCGUCACGACCAGCAUCACCAACCUGUGCAAACAAGCUUACAAAAAGUUCCUGCACAGCUUCGAGGACUUCUACCGCAAGCUGGGCGUGACCCUGGUGGCGCACCCGCGGGGCGCGCGCACGCCCCCGGCCGGCCGCUCGCUCAUCCGCGACCGCGACAAGCAGCCGCCCACCUCCUCCUCCGCCUCGUCUACGCCCACCGGCACGCCCAGCCAACGGGGCAAGGAUAAAGACUCGGAUAAGAGCGAGACGGAAAAGAGUGACAAGAGUGAGAAGGACGAGAAUGUGGACAAACCGAAAGAGAAGAGUCGCGGCAGCGACGGCGAGGACAGCGCGGACAACCAGCCGCUGGUCACCGUCACCCCCAAAAUCGAAAAGAAGGAAGAAAAAGAGAAAGAUAAGGAAAAGGAACGGGAGAAAGAGAAAGAAAAAGAUAAGGAGAAGGAAAAAGAGAAAGAUAAGGAGAAGGAGAAAGAUAAAGACAAAGAUAAAGAUAAGAGUUCUACGUCUUCUACAAGCGAGGAGAAGAUCAUCAAGCCGCGGUCGCAGUCGAAGACUCGCUCCGUGUCCGCGUCUAAGACGUCGUCUGACGACAAGAGACUACCGAAACGCAGACCGCUCUCCAGCAAACCAGGUGAAAGUCCGAGCACGAGCACGUCGCGGGCGUCGCGGCGGCCGCAGGUCUCCACCGACAGCGACAGUUCCGGCAGAGCUUCCAGUGAAAUGUCCUUCAGAUGUGGCAUCACGAAGAAGAUGCAGAGCCGGCGCAGUCAGAGCGCCAAUUCUGCUAGCAGCGGCAACACCAUCGCCUCCAACAGCAGCAAGCGCCCGCGCAAGAGGAAGAACACCGAGCCCUCAACAAGCGAGCCACCGCGCGGGGGAGGGAACAUCAAAGCGAAGGUGGGAGACAAGCUGGAGGUGUACUACGGACCGACACAGUCUGAGUCAAAGAAGGUGACGUACGAGGCGAAAGUGAUAGAGAUAUCGUCUGAGGGUAUGUUGCGGGUGCAUUACACCGGGUGGAACACUCGCUACGAUGAGUGGAUCAAGCCGCAACGCAUCGCCGUCAACGUGACGCUCAACGAGUCCAGAAAUAAGAAGAAUACCAGUAUCAGUAGACGCGUUAGAGCUAAAAGGACUGAAGAAUCAUCAGCGCGAUCAGAUUCGGACAGCGAUUCUGACAGCGAAGCAGACGUAAAAAGACCUCCAAAGAAAUCUGAUGAAAAAUCCGGUUCAAAACCGCCGUCGAGAUCCAAGGAUGCAGCGAAGUCCAGCGACAGCAGUAGUUCAAGCAAACCGCGCAAGAGACCUGUGAGGACCGUGUCGACCCCCUCCAACGUCUCCCCGGCCAAGAAAACGCGACCCAACGUCUCCAGUCACCCCGGCCGCGACUACGAUCUCAACGAAAUCAGAUCAGAACUGAAAGGACUCCACACUGUCAAGCAAGAACCAGAAGAAAUCAAACAAGAACUACCCGAUAAAGACUCUCUAAUAAUACCAAUGGCGUCUUCAACGGUACCUGAGCCUCCACCUGCAGAGAAGACAGCUGAAGAUGUCUACGAAUUCAAAGAGCCUGAACCUUUUGAAUUAGAACUGCAUGACGAAAAGAAAAAACGCACGCAUAGAAUAUUCGAUGAUAUAUCACCUAGCAAAUACACUUCCACGCUGUCUAAGUCCCUCAGUGAAGAAAUAUCGGAAGACCCAUUGAGGCCGAGGCCAACUUUGCGAUCUCCUUCGCUAUCACCGUUUAGAGAUUUCGGAGCGACGCGGGACGUUCCGGGAAGACAAACACCUGAAGAAGAUAUCAAAGAUGACCCGUUCUCUAUGGAUGACGACUCCUUCCAAGACGGCAGUUCAGGCCCUAUCUUUGAAGGCUUCACUCCUGCCAAGAAUCAAGAAACGUAUUCUAAGAAGAGUAAAGUGUCUAAACUUAGGGAACUGAUCGAUGACUCUCCCGAUAGCCCGGCUGACGACGAGCAGUCGUCCGAAGAUGAACCUGAAGACGUACCUGAAGAUGUCAUCAUGAAAGUGGAGGAGCCGGAAUCAUUACCACUUACUGACACUGAGCAGUCCAAAACUCCUGAUUCAGACGAACCUGUCAAAGAAGAAGUCAAACUCAUGGAGCUGGAAGAUUUAAUAGCUAUCCCGUUACCUGCGACGAGCGAGCCAUGCGAAGUUCCGAAUGAUUUAGAUCUGUCUAAAAUACCUGAACCGCCUGUGACUCCACCGCCACAGAAGAAAAUAGAAAUUAAAAAGAUAGAAAUAAAGAAGACAGAGCCCAAGAAGACUGAAAUCAAGAAGUUGGAACUCCCGAGUACGAGUAUAAUUGUCAAUCCAGCCGCCAUUCCCUUGCCUGAACCGAAACCUAAAGACGAUAAAGACAAAGAAGAAGUUGUAGAAACACUAACUUUAGAAAAGAAAGAAGAGGAAAUUAUAUUAUUAUCGAUACCUCUGCCAAGUACAGAGCCUAAAGAGACACCCGACAAGGUUCAACCUGAGAAGAAGUUAGAGAUUUUGCCAGCAUUGAAACCGCCUUCUAGCCCGUUGAUAGAUACAGAGGAAGACAAGUCUGAGCCGGACAGUCCGGCGCGAAUCGACGUGCUUCCCGAGCCUCCACCGGGCUUCCUCUUACAAUCUGAAGGUCCGAAGAUAGCAGAAAAACUACUUAAAGCCAUCAACAGUGCUAAACGACUAUCUAUGUCUCCACCACCGCUAGAAAACCGUCCUCUUACUCCCAAGAAGGAUCUCCUCAAAGUUACUAAACCCGAAGGGAAAGUGUCUCCUAUUGCUUUGGAAAUUAAAUCAGUUUCGCCUGCUAAUAAGCCUGAGUUGUUGAAGCCUAAGACCGACCCAGUGAAGAAAGUGAGUCCGAUUGACGUUGGUAACUCUAUAUUUGGAGAACCGUCGAAGAUGACGGAUGCUAAGCGGGACGUGGGUGAUGUGAAGAAGGUGCCUACUAAGCCGAAGGACCCGACGCCGCCGCGGUUGCAGAGUCCUCUGAAUAUCCUCGAACGACGGAAGAGCGUGGCAGACUUGCCGCUAAGCACGCCGGGCAAGAACAACAAAGUGCUGAGUGAUACGAUACAAAAGCUCUCGAGUCAGAUCAACCAGGCGGCAGCAAUCAUCGCCAUGCCUACAUUCCCGAUAUCUGAGGAGAGAAGCGAAUCCAGUGACUCUGAUGAUUCUGAUAGGAGGCUAAUAAUCGACAAGCUAGCAGUAGAAGAAUGGGGCGCCGGUAGUGAGCCGUCUCGCAGCGUGGCGGCGCCGAGCUCGGUGGCCAGCGCGGUGGCGGCGCGCGGCCUGCACGCUGGGAAGUCCCCAGGAGAGUGGAGCGCGGGGGAGACCCUGCUCAUGCUGGAAGAUGCUUGCAAGAACGAGCGGAAGCAUGGUGCAAACGUGGUAGUGGCGGGCACGGGCCACGCGCGGGCCACGGGCAGCGCGGCGGAGGACGACACCAGCCUGUCGCUGCUGCUGUGCUCCGAGACCAUCCCGGGGUCGCCGGCGCCCGACCAGGAGCCUGCGCCCCCGAGGCAGCGGCUGCACAUGCCCUUCGCUUGUGCGCCGCCGCACCACCAUCAUAAAGGAGAAGAACGUAGAGGCGAGGGCGGUUCCCGGGAAGCGGCGCGCGCGGGCCCCGCGGGCGGGGCGGGCGGCGCGGGCGCAGCGGCCGACGCCGCCGCCGCCGCCUGGCCGCGCCGGCACGCGCUGCUGGACAACACGCCGCCCACCACGCCCGACAGCAGCCUGGACAUGUCGCCGCAGCCGCACCGGGAACGUCAAAUAUCGGAACGCGAUAGUCCAUCUGAACGCAAAGACGACGAGGACGAAGCUAGAGCUAACGAAGCGAUGGAUAUUGAAAAGCCUCACGGUGUGAGGUCACGAAAAGCGUCGGAGAGUUCAAGCGUGGGCGUGUCGGGCCCGGGCCGGGGGCGGCGGCGCGCGCGGCGCGACACGGACGACGCGGCGCACGCCCACGGCGCCGGCGGCGGCAACCCGCCUGCGCCGCCGCCCGCCACGCUCAAGUACAAUUUCUACGUCGAACUUGACCCUGCGUGGGAUUGUCCUACGAGAAUCAACGUGCUUCAGUCGCGUCUAGCUGAUCUCCGCAAGGCGUACCACUCUGUGAAAGCUGAACUUGCCGCCAUCGACCGCCGACGUAAAAAGCUUCGACGUAAGGAGCGGGAAGCCGUAAAAGCAGCGAAAGCAGCGUGCUCAUGAUGACGGCUAACAGAGCGCCGCCCCGCGCGACUCCGAUCUCACAAGCGCCGCGGCGUCCAUCCGUUUUAGCAUGGACGCCACCGGGCCCUGGCAGCGGCUCAUCACAUCUAACCCUCCCACUCACUCUACAAUGGACUCAGAUUCUAACCCUCAGGCAUAGUGUUAAAGUCGAUUGCAAACAUUUUUUAUUAUCAAUGAAAUCACUUUGGUGAAAGAUCAGUUUAUUUUUCGUUAUUUUAUUUUUAUCUAAAUGACUAUUAUAGUGAUCUGUGUAGUAGAUAUAAGUGUUUUAUUGUAUUAUUAUAUUCGAUUUUAUAAUUUUUGAAAACUAAUUCAAUGAUGUCGAUGUACUUUGGAGAUGUUACCAUUGCAUCUGUUUUCAUAUAAUUGUAGGAAUAUGACUCGUGCAAUGAAGUGUCACUUAUGUACUGUAAGGAUAGAUGUGAGACGUUCUAUAGAACUACAGCGACGAAGCAAUGCGGCACGCCGCGCCUCCAUACCACACUUGAGACUGAUGGAUCGAAAUAAUACAUGAAAUAUUGUGAAGACUAUUUAUUUCCCCAAAGUAUAUAUGUAAUUUGUCAGAUUUAUUAUUGAGUUAUACUUAAUAAACAUUCGGAAUGGAAAA